CUGGUUCUAUCUGCCGCGCUGAGGUCUUUAUAUUCUCCUGCUGUGCCGCUUUCCUUGCCAGAGACGGAGAGAGAUGGAGAAAUACCGAGUAACAGCUAGCUUUAACGGCGGCCUCUCUCACAGACCUCCCUCCUCUUCUAUAUCCCUCCCUCCCAAACCCCACCACCUCUGCGAGCCACCCAUCUCCUCCUUCCUCCCUCCCGGUUCCCCAAAGCCCGCCGCCGCCUCGGGCGACCACCUCGGCCGCCGGACAUCCGACGCCGAGAUCAGUAUCUUCGACGCCGAGCGCUACUUCCUGGAUGGCAGCGGCACCCCCGACGUCAAGCGGACCAUCAUCCUCAACGGCACUGCAAGGUGCGACCUUUCCACCAACCCGCGCGACUCGUCUGUUUCCUCCGUCGACGGCGGCGGCGGCGUCUGCGGUCGCGCCGGCCGGAACGGCUCCUUCCACGCCACCCCCACUCCCACCGCCUCGUCGGAGACCAGCUGGAACAGCCGGUGUGGCCUCCUCUGCAAUCCCCCCGGUUCCAUUGCCGUCGCCGUCAAAUCUUUACCCCUGAAAGAGCCGAAGAAAGGGAUCUCCCCCUCUUCCUCCUUCGGCGUUCGGCGGCUUUUCGGCCGGGGCUGCCCGUGCUCCGGCAAGAAGUCCGUCGACGUCGAGGAGAACUACCCCGAGCCGCCCAAGAACCCAAGUCACUCCAAAUUCGAUUCCAGCCGCAGCGCCGUUAGUCGCUCGAAAAAUCCGAUAUUUAGAACAGGGGAGGUCGGUCACGGUGCCAUUGGAGAUAAAUCGGCUCCCAAAGAUAUCAAGAGCGAAUGGGGAAUCGCGGAGGGGUUGAAGCUGAAGAUAAAUACCGGAAAUUGGGCCGAAGAUCCGGAGGCAUGCCAUGUCUCCAAACGCUUCUCGAGGGAGAAGCCUUUUCCGGUGGAAAUCGGCCACCGGAUCGUCAGCUCCGAUGGGGCAUUCAACGAAUCCAGCGGGUUCUCCUUUCCCGUGUUGAACCCGCGGCCGGCGAAUCCUAACCCGCCAGAAGAUCCUGCCCGGGAUUCUCUCGAGGUUUUCCGGCCAUCAGACGAAGCCACGGUCUUGAAGAAAUCGACGGAGUUUCCGCGCCGGGCCCCAACGACGGUGCCCUUCUCCGGCGAGGCGGACCGUCGGAGCUUCACCUAUCCGACAAGCCCCAAGACCCGGCCGCCCGAGGAGGACCAGGCCAGCGACACGAGCUCGGACCUGUUCGAGAUCGAGAGCUUCUCCACGUCGUACCCCUCCUCCGUCAACCGCCGCCGCGACUCGCUCGAUGAGCUCGAUACGAGGAGGCUGUCCGGCGGUGGCGCCGCCGCGGCCGGAAUCCUGCAGCUCCAUCGGAGCCUGGAGGAGCCGGCGACGCCGUCGAUCGCGGCGAGCGAGUGCUGCCCGCCGAGCGAGGUGAGCGUGCAGUGGAGCGUCACCACGGCGGAGGGCUUCGAUCGGGCGAGCGUCGCCAACUUUUCCAGUGCCACCUCCGACUACGAGGAGCUCAGCUUCAUCCAGGCGGAGCACGACCGCUUCGCCACGGCGAUGGCCGCCGGCGAAGCCAAGCGGCGGGGCGGCGGAGGUGGGGGUUUGCUCCGCUGCCGGUGCGAGAAGGCGAUCAGCGUCGCGCCAAACCCGGUCCGGUGCGGCCCGGUGUGGAGCCGGGCCGGGGCGUCGGUUUUUACGGUCGACCCGGACCGGGUCUCCGGAUUUGCGGCCAAGCUGGCAGGCGGAACCCCAGGCCAGGAGAGGCCCGUUCUCCCGCGGUCGCUCUCGACUCGCGUUUCCCGGCCGGUCCAGACUCGGUAGAUCGCCGACGGUUUGGUCGAGGUUGGGUCCAAGCAUCCAUGCUAUUUUCGUUUGCGGUUCGUUGAGCUAUAGAAUAUGAUGGGAUUAAUUAAUAACAAAAUUAAUCAAUGUUGGAGAACGGGUUGGUCUUGUAAUGGAAAUGCCAUUAAGGGGAUUUAUGAAUCCAUGUCCUGUUCUCUUGCUUUGAAAGGUAAAUGUCAACCAACUUGCACUGCUAUUGCACAAGUUCACCAGUAAAUCAAAACCUAGAAUGCAAUUAAAGCUGCAGCUUUUUCACACUGCCUCAUGUUUAACAUCAUGAAUAAUUAAUACGACAUGUAGAUGUUAAUUAGUCCACGAUAUGCAUAGAAAAUGAGAACAUUUGUAGUUCGAAAUAUACAUAUCAGUUAAAGUUAUGUCAUUCACUCAAAGUUUCAACUCAAUGAUUCAGUAUAUAUUUUGCAUGAGUAUUUAUUCAAGAAUAUGAAACCCUGUAACUUAUCUUUGAUUUAAUUAAUUUUAGCAUUGUGAACAACAAUGCUGGCUUGCAAUUUUUUUUACUAGAUAGAGAUCUCCUUACUUUAUCUCUUCUCUGUAUUGGUUUACGCAAGAU